CAUCCCUACCCUACCAUUCUACCCUUACCCUAACCUACCCUACCCUACCCUACCCUACACCCACCCUCCAGUAUCGAAUCGGCCAAUUCCACUCCGAGUGUCAUAGUUCACAAGGACUUUUGGUCUAUCUCUCCGAUCCCCCCCAUCGACUACUUUUCCUAUAAAUCAACUUGCCACCCGCCCUGGGUCACUAUCCUUCCCCUUCCAAGAACGAUGCUGGCCUUUCCGCAAAGACGUCAGCACAAUCCACUACCACACCACCACCACCACCAAUACAACAACCACUACAACAACCAGAACCCCACCACCACACUACCUUCACCUCCUACCCCUACCACUACACUCUCUUCUACCGCCACAUCUCAACUCUCCUACGAUACUAUCUCACAACAACUACAACAACCUCUCUCAGCACAGCAGCUCUACGACCAACAACUACUUCACGACUACCUCGAGUCACAGCAGCAACAGUCGUUCGUCACUGGGAACUUCGUUGACGCAGAUUCGAACAACUCUUCCAACCCGUUCAUGACGGGCGAAUUCACCUUUUCGAGCCCUUCCAUCCGGGUACAGCAGUCGACUCCAACACCACAGCAGCUGUCUACCAGCUUCGCCCAGACUUCCAUCAUGCCCGGUGCCACCGCUGGCUUGGACAAUUGGAAUGCAUAUCAAAACAGCAGCCAGUCGUUACAGACUCCACGAUCAGUGAAGUAUCAUCCUGUACAACCUGCAGCCAAUUACCAAACCUUCUCGAACCAUCUACCAACUCCAACACACACUCCUACACAAGACUCCUUCAUCAACUCCAACUCCAACUCCAACUCCAACUUCACGAACUUUGCGCCCAACACCACGGGCAUGGACUCAGCCAUGGCAGUACAUCUAUCAAUGAAGCAGGCUCUCAUGGACCAAAACAACCCAGAUGAGGAUGUCCCUGGCUUUGGACAUUCAGCAAGACAUUCCGUAUCGAGCUAUGGCCACGACUCUCCGGCCACUCCACAUACCGCCCAAGGAGAGGACUUUGACGAUCGAUACAAGAUGCCUACCACUGACAUGAGACAACAUACUGUGCCAAAGUUCGAAAGGACUUACACGGACGCUGCCAUUGACAACUUCUACGACCCGACCACAAUGAUGUCGCAUGCGCAGUCAUUACCACAGACCAAGCAGCCAUCGUUGCUAUCGCCUUAUCGGGGCGCAAACCACAACGACAUCGUUCAGAAGACUCUCGCAGCAGCUCAGAUCGCCCGCUCCCAAUCUCCUUCAAGUUCGGCAAGCCGAGGUGUAUCACCAUUCCGUCAGAACUCGCCCUUCCGCCAGACAAGCAACAGCUUCAACUCUCCUCGCAUGAGGGUGGGUACCGCCGCUGAGGCACGUGAGCAAAAGGUCGAGGCCGAUGCUGCCUACGCGAUGAAAUCCAACGUCGCAUCGAACACAGACCCGGAGCCAAAGACCAUCUCACCAAAGGAUGCAAUGUUGGACUACCGUGAGCCAGAUGAGGAAGCCAAGGUACCAUUGUUCCCAGAGGGCGGCGCAACCGAGUACGACCAAUACAACCGCGCCAACCAAUUUGGAACCGCCACCCAGUCCGGAUUUGACACAACAACUGGACAGUCAUUUCAGCAACAAGAGAAUUGGGCAGCACCUCAAUUCCCAUCAUCAAACUUCUCGACGACAUCCGCCGCUACCUCUCAACCAUCUUUUGCUUACGUACCCACAACCAUGUCAAAUAGUCUACAGGGUCUGCCUUUCACUUCAGCACCAGCACAGUACCGCUCAACGACCAGUAUGCCUGCUGUCACCGAAUCGACGCCAGAUUUCCCGGCGCAUUUGACAUCGAUGGAGUCUAGCGCAAGCGAGGCUGGACCCGAGCCGUCAAGCCAGUCUAGCGAACAUCAACAAUUCCUCCACAAGCCAGGCCCUUCUGCAGCCGAUUCGGGCACAUACACAUGUACCUAUCACGGAUGCACGCUACGCUUCGAGACUCCUCAGAAGUUGCAGAAGCACAAGCGCGAGGGACAUCGCAGCACCAACACGGCCUCGACGAUUGGAUCGAGCAUGACAUCAGCGGCUCUUUUGGAGCGGAACUCGCAAGCGGGGCCUCACAAGUGCGAGCGCAUUAACCCCACAACGGGCAAGCCUUGCAAUACGAUAUUCUCCCGGCCGUACGAUUUGACGAGGCACGAAGACACGAUUCACAACGCACGCAAGCAGAAAGUCCGUUGCGCACUGUGUGUCGAGGAGAAGACCUUUUCGCGCAAUGAUGCCCUCACACGACACAUGGUAAGAGUCCAUCGACAGAGUCCCAGGCACAAGAAGCAGCAGCGAUGCUAACCAAGUCACUAGCGAGUUGUCCAUCCUGAGAUCGAUUUCCCAGGCAAGCACAGGCGCCGGGGUGGAAAUUCCGAUUAGAGACAUGGACAUUAUUGCUACUAUUCCUUGUCCUGUCAUGCCCUUGU